AUGGAAAAAGUAUUAAAUUAUGAUUAGAUUGUUUCACAAUUAGUAGAAUAUUGUAAUAAAAAAUAAGAUGAAGAAAUCACCUAAAUUGAAGCUACAAAAAUUCUAAAUUAGAUGAGCAUUAAAAAUGGACAUCAGGAAUUUAAUUAUGAAAUUGCUGUUGAAUUGUUUGAAAGAGUUACUACUUAUAAUACCUCUUUAACAAUUUAAACCUUAGCUCAUGUAAUAUAUGAAGCCAAUGACAUAAUAAUUAAUAAAUACAAUCAAGCUAUGAAUAGAGAAAUGUAUAUGGAAGAAUAAAAAGCAUAUCUCAAAUAAAUCAAACCUUAUUGCAAUACAACAAUACUUCAUAUUAGCUAUGUGAGAAUACAAGAAGCCUAUGUAUAAAGACCUUAUAUUGUUGUUCUAAUAGGAGAAUUUAUACAUGAAAGUGAAAUAUAAACAAAAAAGGAUGGAUGGUUUGAAUGGAAUCUAGAUGUUCAAAUUCCAGUUAAAUCUCUUAUUGCAGAUUUAAAAAUUGAAUUAUUAGAAGAUCAUAACAUUAUUGCAAGUUUAUAAUUACCUUGUGAAGCCUUGCCUAUGAAUGAAAUGAAGGAAGCUGAAUUACAAAUGUAAAAUGUUAAUUGUCAUACAUUAAUUUAAUUGUAAUGUAUGUUGAGUAUUGGUAAUGAUUAUAAGGAAUUGAUUAAUGAAAAAAUGCAUUUUCUUGAUAAUCAAACAUAACAUUGUUAAGAAGAAUUAUUUCUCCUUUAAUCUUAAUUAAAUGAAUUAUGUAAACCCUUCUUUAGAGAUGCUAAUAUUUAACCUAAAUAUACUAAUUAUUCUAAUAAAUCUUAAUUGAAUACUGAAAUAUUUUAGAAUAUCCCUAAUAAGAAUACACUUUAGCCACCAUCAUUAUAAGCCACAGCAUUCAGAAACACUUCAUCAGCAUUGGGAUUCAAAAAGAUUGUAAUUGAACCAGAAAGAUAAUUAAACUCCUAUCCUAUUAUGGCUCGUAUCGAUUUAUUAGCAACUAUUAUAGCAGUAUUUAACUAAUCAUUAUAGAUAGGUAAUUUCUAUGAUGAUUAAUUUCAUCACUCCUGAUAUCAGUAUAACAUAUAUCAUGAUUAUAAUAUUCUCGAUAAUGUUGAAACACAAAUAUACUUUAAUUUACAUUUUAAUUUUAGUGAGUUUUGGAAUCAUAAUUGAAAUAUUUAGUUUAAGCUAUUUAGAUCUUAGCAUAUUUUCAAUAUUGUUAAUAGUAUUAAAUAUAUUAUUAAAUAUUGGAUUGCUUAUCCUUACAAGUUUGUUAUUAAAAGAUGUUGGAAAUGUGACUAUACUUAAAUCCAAGCUUUUACUAUCUUUAUGA